GUACUUCGGUGACGUGUAGUGAAAUAUAGAAUUAAGAAAUAUAGUCAAAAUGGGCAAAAGUAUACCAUAUUUCUCAAUAGCAAUAUUUUUUAUUCUCUUCGAAAUCUCUUCGGCGUUGUAUUUUCAUAUUGGAGAAACUGAACGGAAAUGUUUUAUAGAAGAAAUUCCAGAUGAGACUAAUGUUAUAGUAAAUUACAAAGUAGAACUUUAUGAUCCAAGAAGUGGAGGUUUUAUGCCUUCUUCUACUGGUAUUGGUAUGCAUGUGGAAGUUAGAGAUCCUGAUGAUAAAAUCAUAUUAUCAAGAGUAUACAGUGCAGAGGGUAAAAUAUCAUUUACUUCCCAUUUACCUGGUGAGCAUGUCAUUUGUAUGUUCUCUAACAGCACAGCUUGGUUUAGUGGAUCUCAACUAAGAGUUCACUUGGAUAUACAAGUUGGUGAACAUGCAAUUAAUUACGGAGAAAUUGUGCAAAGGGAAAAACUUUCUGAAUUACAAUUAAGGGUCAGACAGUUGAUUGAUCAAGUAGAACAGAUCACGAAGGAACAAAAUUACCAAAGGUACCGUGAGGAGAGAUUCAGACACACUAGUGAAAGUACAAACUCAAGAGUUCUUUGGUGGUCCAUCACCCAAACUGCUGUGCUUCUGAUUAUGGGAACCUGGCAAAUGAGACACUUGAAAACCUUCUUCGAAGCCAAGAAACUUGUUUAAAUACUUAAUUUCUUUGUUAUAAUUUUAUUUAAAUAAAUUUUUUAUAC